CUGCUGUGGGCGGGGACCGGGGCAGGGCCUCGUAACGCACUCUUUUUGGCAGCCCUGAAGUCCCGGGAAAGGCUGGCCCUUUGCUAGCUGCCCACGCCCUACGAGGACACUUUGCCUUGGCCGUGUUGUCCCAGCAAACCACUCUGGGAACACCUCACACUGGGCCCCAGGAUGAAUUCCAGAAAAUGGAAUUGCAGAUCAGAGGGUCGUCCCAGAAGGCUCUGGCCCGAAGGGUCUGCAGAAGUGGCCUUAGGCCAAGCCUUGCCUCCCCUGCAGGGGCACAUUCUCCACUUCGGGGAGGCGGCGGGCGGUCCCCUCCCGGACCCGGGGCACAAUGAGAGCUGCAUGAACCGGGCUCACAUUGGGGGUGCUGAGGACCAGGUGAGCAGCCUGAGCAGGCACACUGGGGGAAGGGCAGCGGGAACACAGGGGCCAAAAAAAAAAAGGAAGCGGCAGCCCUGUUCUGUCUCAGCAGGGCUGAUUCAGAGCCAGUUCCUCUGUAGAGAGGGCGUGGGGCGGAGGGGUGGACAGCAGGGGAUAUGGAAAGCCUUCCUCUAGCACUCAGCUCCCAGCACCCUGGGCUCAUUCUGAUAGAGCCUCUCAAGCCCACCUUGGGCUUAGUCUGGGCCCUACUAAAUCGAGUGACUGUAGGCCCUACUACAGCAGUGACUGUAGGCCACACCCCAGCCUGACAAAAUGGGAGUGGCCAGGCCCCUGCAGGGCCCGCCUGUCCUUGGGGCACUCUGAAUUCUCCUUUUUCUGGGGCCAGGACUGCCAGGGUGCCUGUGGCCCUUGCCAUGGGCCCCUCAGAGAGUCCAGGGUAGAAACCAGGUGCCUAACCUCAGCUCCCCCCACCAUGCCUCUGCCCUGGCUGGGUCUGGGUCUGGGAACCUCUCAGGGGUAAGAAGGUAAGGGGACUUAGGUGGCCACCUAAGUGGGUUAUUGUUCCUUUUCGGCCAGCACUCUGGCCACCAGCUGCCCACGUGGCUCAUUAUGGCCUUGCUGCUUCUUCCCCUUAACAUGGAGACAAGCCAGCCCCAUCUAUAGCUUGACAACCUCUGUUCCAGGUCACUCUGCUUCACUCUCUUGGUGAUGCACCUGCCUGAAUCACCCCCUAAUUGCUCCACUGGGAGAUUUCAACUUUCCACUUCUGGGGGUUCCUCUUCCCCAGCCUCUCAGCUGUAAUAUGGAGCUGAGGUUGGGUGCCUACUAAGAGCCUAAAUUGGGACUUAGUGACUCGGCAGUGGUUUCCUGUGGUCCCAACUUCCCACUUGCCUCUCUGUCUGUGACUGGUUGGCUAGCUUCUCCAGUGCCCCCUCCUCUAGGUAGCCUACCCAGAGUUGCCCAUCUGCUCCAUCUGAGGCUGCCCCAGCCCUGAGCGGCAUCCUUAGCACUGCUCCCCCAAGCCCCAGCUGAUUACUCAGGUCAGGUGGACACUUUGCCCAGGGCAGAGUUUGUAUAUUGGGACUCCCCUACCAAGAACUGGUUCUAAAGAAUCCCAGCCUUCCGCUCGCCGCCGCCAUGCCCUUCUCCAAUAGCCACAACGCACUGAAGCUGCGCUUCCCGGCCGAGGACGAGUUCCCCGACCUCAGCGGCCACAACAACCACAUGGCCAAGGUGCUGACCCCCGAGCUGUACGCGGAGCUGCGCGCCAAGUGCACGCCGAGCGGCUUCACACUGGACGACGUCAUCCAGACCGGCGUGGAUAACCCGGGUCACCCCUAUAUCAUGACCGUGGGCUGCGUGGCAGGCGAUGAGGAAUCCUAUGACGUGUUCAAGGAGCUCUUUGACCCCAUCAUCGAGGACCGGCACGGAGGCUACAAGCCCAGCGACGAGCACAAGACCGACCUCAAUCCCGACAACCUGCAGGUACGAGGUGGCCCCGAGGUGGCCCCGGGUGGCGGGGCGGGCUGGGGAGGGGUCCCCCAGCGCUCACCGCCGCUCUGCCCCCAGGGCGGCGACGACCUGGAUCCUAACUACGUGCUGAGCUCGCGGGUGCGCACGGGUCGCAGCAUCCGCGGCUUCUGCCUCCCCCCGCACUGCAGCCGCGGGGAGCGCCGAGCCAUCGAGAAGCUCGCUGUGGAAGCUCUGGCGAGCCUGGACGGCGACCUGGCCGGCAGGUACUACGCGCUCAAGAGCAUGACCGAGGCAGAGCAGCAGCAGCUCAUCGACGACCACUUCCUCUUCGACAAGCCCGUGUCGCCCCUGCUGCUGGCCUCCGGCAUGGCCCGCGACUGGCCCGAUGCCCGUGGCAUCUGGCACAAUGACAAUAAGACCUUCCUGGUGUGGAUCAACGAGGAAGACCACCUUCGGGUCAUCUCCAUGCAGAAGGGGGGCAACAUGAAGGAGGUGUUCACUCGCUUCUGCAAUGGCCUCACCCAGAUUGAAACGCUCUUCAAGUCUAAGAACUACGAAUUCAUGUGGAACCCUCACCUGGGCUACAUCCUGACCUGCCCGUCCAAUCUGGGCACAGGGCUGCGGGCAGGUGUGCACAUCAAGCUGCCCCACCUGGGCAAGCAUGAGAAGUUCCCGGAGGUGCUCAAGCGGCUGCGGCUUCAGAAACGAGGCACAGGUGGUGUGGACACAGCUGCCGUGGGUGGGGUCUUCGAUGUCUCCAACGCAGACCGCCUGGGCUUCUCGGAGGUGGAGCUGGUACAGAUGGUGGUGGACGGCGUGAAGCUGCUCAUCGAGAUGGAGCAGCGGCUGGAGCAGGGCCAGGCCAUCGAUGACCUCGUGCCUGCCCAGAAGUGAAACCCUGGCCUGCACCUGCCGCCACCACCACCAGCCCCGCUGCUUCCUAACUUAUUGCCCGGGCAGUGCCCACCACGCACCCUGAUGUCCGCCGCCUGGCGGCUGAGCCCUUAGCCUCGCUGUAGAGACUUCCGUCGCCCUUGGUAGAGUUUAUUUUUGUGAUGGCUAAGAUGUUGCUGAUGCUGGAAUAAACUAGGGUUUCGGCCUGC